UAAAUAGAAAUUGAAGAAACUCCUCCUUCCGAGUAAAUACAUACUCUCUCUCUCUCUCUUCUCGAAUCGGCCGGCCGGUAAAUGUCCACCGGAGACCGAGACCGGUAAUCUGAAGGCAACUCCGGUGAGUCAAAUCAGUGAUUGUAUAUGGGUCCAUACGGUUCAUGUACAUCAGGAGGAAGCAGCAGCGGUAGUUCAUCAUCCAAUAAUAUUGAUGGGAUGUUAGCAGGAACAGGGUACAAAGUCAGAUCAUCGGAGCUCCGGCAUGUAGCUCAACGCCUUGAAUAUCUCGAGACGGCCAUGGUCAACGCACCUUCCUCCGAACUGUCUCAUAUUGCAGACGAUACAGUUAUUUACAACCCAUCUGAUCUCGGUUCCUGGGUCGAUUCCCUUCUCUCUGAAUUACCCCAAUCAGUUCCUGUCCCUGAUAAUAAUUUACCCAAUUUCCCCGAUCUUGAUGAUUAUAACCUAGUAGUGGGCCCCGCCGCGAAUCAGACGGUGGAUACUGAUCCUAAUCUUAAUCCGUGGGCGGCGGCGGUGCAUCAUAUGGAGGGGCAACAUUCAGGAAAUUCGCAGCAGCAAUUAUCAGGUGUGACCGCCGUUGAAGAAGAUUCAGGUAUUCGGAUUGUUCAUUUGUUGAUGAGCUGCGCUGAAACAAUCCAACGGGGAGAAUUCACCUUAGCGGCGACGUUGGUAGAGGAGAUGCAAGAUUUGUUGACACGUGUCAACACCGAUUGCGGCAUUGGCAAGGUCGCCGGAUACUUCAUCGACGCACUCAGCCAACGUAUCUUCUCGCCGCCGCAACCCGUUUCCUCCGUCGCCUCUGUUUACGAGAACGAGAUACUCUACCGUCAUUUCUACGAGGCUUGUCCCUAUUUAAAAUUCGCUCAUUUCACCGCAAAUCAGGCGAUAUUGGAAGCGUUCCACGGUCACGAUUGCGUUCACGUUGUUGAUUUUAACCUAAUGGAGGGUCUUCAAUGGCCGGCGUUAAUUCAGGCAUUAGCCUUACGCCCCGGCGGGCCACCGUUACUUCGACUAACCGGCAUAGGACCACCAUCGCCGGACGGACGAGAUUCCCUCCGUGAAAUCGGUCUCCGAUUGGCUGAGCUGGCACGGUCGGUUAACGUCCGGUUUGCUUUCCGUGGAGUCGCCGCUUCACGGCUUGAAGAUGUUAAACCAUGGAUGUUACAAGUCAACCCGAAAGAAGCAAUUGCCGUGAACUCAAUCAUGCAAUUCCACAGGCUACUAGCAACAGACCCGACCCGACCCGCACCAAUGGAUUCAGUUCUGAAAUGGAUAAAAACUCUGAACCCGAAGAUCGUAACGGUGGUGGAGCAAGAAGUGGAUCAUAACCAGCCCGAGUUCUUAGAACGGUUCAUGGAAGCUUUGUACUAUUACUCCACGAUGUUCGAUUCGUUAGAGGUUUGUUCAAUUCAACCCGAGAAGGCCUUGGCCGAGAUGUAUAUUCAGAAACAGAUAUACAAUGUGGUAUGUUGUGAAGGGUCGGGUCGGGUCGAGAGACAUGAGACACUGGAUAAGUGGCGUGCCCGUUUCGGUCAAGCUGGGUUUCACCCGGUUCAUCUCGGGUCGAAUGCAUAUAAACAAGCCAGCAUGCUGCUAACCCUAUUCUCGGCUGAAGGGUAUAGUGUGGAAGAAAAUGACGGCUGCUUGACUCUUGGCUGGCAUAACCGCCCACUCAUUGCGGCUUCGGCUUGGCAUGCGGGUUCAAAUCUGGAUCAUUCGGUCGGUUCUAUUUAGUUAAUAAAAACGGUUCAUGUAUAAUUUUCUACUUAAUUUGGGUCGGGUCAUUGGAGUUCUUAUAUUAAUGCUUAAUUCAAUGAAAAUGUUUAUUUUCUU